CACAUCCUUUUUCUCCUCUGAUCCCUCUAUAUUAUCUACCACCAAAAACCUAUUAACCCGUUAACCUAACUGCAUGACCCAGUUGCUGUUGAGCUCAGCUAUGGCUAUUGCCAUUGAUGGGCAUGACCUCGAUCUCGAUUUAUCCGGCUGCACCACCACCACCACAAGCACCAACACCGUUUCCACCGACCACUGGUACGACUGGUCUCCGGUGGUGGACUGGGACGCUCUGGAGCCGACGGACCAUCUCGCGGGCGAAGACUUUCAUGGGCUCAUUGAGUCGAUGAUGGAAGACCAAGACGGCAGCACUGAGCUGAACUUGUCGUCGGCCCAGAACGAGCAUCUAGAAUUAGAAGCGUCUAAUGACACAACGUCGUCGGCAGAAAUGAUGACGUUAACGGACGAAGAUGGCAGCGCUAACGGCGAGGACUCGAAGGGUUUGAGGCUUGUCCAUCUUUUGAUGGCGGCGGCGGAGGCGCUGACCGGCGCAAACAAGAGCCGAGAUUUGGCUCGGGUGAUAUUGUUUCGGCUCAAGGAGUUGGUCUCCCCGACUGACGGUUCUAACAUGGAGAGGUUGGCGGCGUAUUUUACCGAGGCCCUCCAGGGUUUGCUAGAAGGCGCCGGGGGUUUGCAUGGUAAGCAUUUGAUUGGAAUUGGGGCCCACCACGAUCACGGCCACCAUCCGACUGACGACGUGAUCGCUGCGUUUCAACUGCUCCAGGACAUGUCGCCUUAUGUUAAGUUUGGGCACUUCACAGCCAAUCAGGCGAUUUUGGAGGCCGUGGCCCACGAUAGGCGGGUCCACGUUGUGGAUUAUGACAUCAUGGAAGGGAUCCAAUGGGCAUCCUUGAUGCAGGCCUUGGUAUCCCGGAAGGAGGGCCCACCUACCCCACAUCUUAGGAUCACUGCUUUGUCGAGGGGUGGCAGCGGGAGGCGGUCGAUCGGGACUGUUCAAGAGACCGGCCGUCGUUUGACCGCAUUUGCAGCGUCGAUUGGUCAGCCAUUUUCUUUUCACCAGUGCAGAUUGGAUUCUGAUGAGACGUUUCGACCGUCUGCUUUGAAAUUAGUUAAAGGAGAGGCCUUGGUGAUCAAUUGUAUGCUAAACCUCCCACAUUUUAAUUACCGUUCUCAAGAUUCAAUUGCUUCGUUUUUAUCUGGAUCCAAGACCCUUAAUCCGAGACUAGUCACUUUAGUCGAGGAAGAAGUACGGCCAGCAGGGGACGGAGGCUUUGUGGCCCGCUUCAUGGAUUCAUUGUAUCAUUACUCGGCAGUAUACGACUCCCUCGAGGCCGGCUUCCCAAUGCAAAACCGAGCUCGAGCCCUAGUGGAGAGAGUGUUUUUGGGCCCUCGAAUUGCCGGGUCAUUGGGUCGUAUCUACCGCGCUCAUGAGGAAGUGGGUAGCUCUUGGUGGGAGUGGUUGGGCGCAGUAGGGUUUAAGCCAAUGCCAAUAAGCUUUGCCAAUCAUUGUCAAGCGAAACUUUUGUUGGGUUUAUUUAAUGAUGGUUAUAGGGCGGAGGAGGUGGCCAAUCAUAGGCUGGUUUUAGGUUGGAAGUCUCGUUGCUUACUCUCAGCCUCCAUUUGGACGUCACCCUCAGAAUCUGAUGUUAUCAAUUAG